AUGCGGAGUUCCUGCUGGGUGAAGCGAGAGCACAGACCUGUCUUCCUGCCUUCCGACCCGAGCGCUUGUAAAACUUUCAGCUGUGGCGUCCGGGGCCGGCCUCCAUUGGCAGAGGUUCAAGAAGAGCGCUGGCUGCGUCUAAAACUCCCGGAGGAAGAGCAGAUCACACAUAGAGAGCGAGAGGGAGAGAAAGGGGGUCGGCUGGUACCCAUGAGGAGGCUGCCCGUGCGGCCAGUAGGUCAGGGUGAGGGGGGCAGGAGAGGUGGCUCAUGUGCCAACGGCAGCUGCUCGGGGAGUUCAGACAGGGAGCAUGAACUAGAGAAGAAAGAGGACGCUCUACAUCCCAAAGCUGAUGAUUAUGAGGUGCGCGUCAGCGACGGCCACGGCGAGGGGCUAUGCGUCCAUGCGUACGCAUUACAGCAGAAGCCCAAAAAGAAGAAACCCGAGUCGAUUCCAGCAGAGACCAAUGGAAGUGAAGCCAAACCCAAGAAGACGAAGAUGAAGAAGAGCGGCGAUCAGUCGACAGAGAGCAGUCCUGCCACUCAGAAUGGAGAGAAGACGAAGAAGAAGAAACUAGACAAGGACAAGGAAUCAACGGAGAAGGAGAAGGAAACCAAGAAGAAAGCCAAAAGUGCCCCUAAGAAGAAGAAUGACGAUGAUGAUGAUGAAGAUGAUGGAGAGACAACUCCUCAAAAGAAGACGAAGAAAAAGCCCACAAAAGAAAGCUCUGAUGCUAAAGAAAAAGAGAAAGAAAAAGACAAGAAGUCCAAAUCAAAAGAUGCCAAAGAGGAUGCAGACAGUAAAGGAAAAUCUAAAACCAAGAAGAAGGAACCCGCCUCCAUGUUUCAGAUAAAUGGAGAAAAACCUGAAACCAAGAGUAAAAAGAAAGCGGCCAAAUCUGAGAGUGAAGAAGAGAGCGAACCUGAAACCAAAACCAGCAAGACCAAGAAGAAGAGCAGCUCAAACACAGCCUCCAUGUUCCAGACUGGAGGAGACAAAGACAAGGACAAAAAGACAAAAAAGACCAAAAGUUCUGCGAAAGCAGAAGAGACUGAAGACUCUGAUUCAGAAGUGACACAGAAAAAGAAAAAGGGCAAAGGGAAAAAAGGCAAAAAGGAGGAGCGAGCACCUUCUCCAGUCAUCGAGUUUGACAAUCUGGAGGAGUUUGUGCUUCAACCUGCAGAACAAGGAGUCACCGUGAAGUGCAAAGUGACGCGUGACAAGAGAGGGAUGGACAAAGGCCUUUACCCAACAUACUACCUGCAUCUGGACAACGAGAAGAAAGUGUUUCUGUUAGCGGGAAGGAAGAGGAAAAAAAGCACAACCUCAAACUACCUGAUCUCCAUCGACCCCACUGACCUUUCCAGAGGAGGAGAAAACUUUGUUGGGAAGCUCAGGUCAAAUCUGAUGGGAACAAAGUUCACUGUGUUUGAUAAUGCACUGCAUCCGGACAGAGCUCUGCCUGACAUGUCUAACGCACGGCAGGAACUGGCAGCCAUCAUCUACGAAACAAAUGUUUUGGGCAUGAAAGGGCCGAGGAGAAUGAUUAUAGUUAUACCUGGCAUGAACAAAGAUGGCGAUCGAGUCCCCAUACGACCACGUAGUGAAAACGAUGGCCUCCUCAUGAGACAUCAAAACAGAAACAUGGAAAAUCUGAUAGAGCUGCGCAAUAAGACGCCGGUGUGGAAUGAAGAAACCGCUUCACAUGUGCUGAACUUCAAUGGCAGAGUCACACAGGCCUCCAUCAAAAACUUCCAGAUCGUCCAUAACAAAGACCAGGACUACAUUGUGAUGCAGUUUGGGAGAAUUGCAGACGACGCCUUCACUCUGGACUACAGGUAUCCUCUGUGUGCCGUACAAGCCUUCGCCAUCGCUCUCUCCAGCUUCGACGGCAAAAUCGCCUGCGAGUAA